UGCAACAGUCCAGAAUGAGUCCAAGUCAGCAAUACAUGCUAAAGUCCCAAAACCUUCUUUUUAGAAGGAAAAAUUACCAAAAGUGCUCUUUAACCCACACAACUGUUGCACCCUACAAUGAUGAUCAGACGACCUAAAAAUCAGGCUGAUCCAAACAUUAAGUGGAGACAAGUGAAUUUGCAAGUUUGGGGUGCUGUACAUUAUUUUUUAUGGUGUGGCCCACUUUAUGAUUUGGUCGGCCAAAUUUUUGGGGAGUCUAAUCAUCGUGGUGUGGUGCGCCUGUUGGAUGGGUUGAAUGUCAUAAACGCACCACAUGGGCCUCACAAUUUCAACUCCAUUUUGUAGAGAAAAUAGAUGUGGAAAUUGUGGUCAUUUCGCACCCCGAAUGAUCAUUUUGGUGCUUUAGAAAAUUCAAGGACUUUUUUUUUCGGGAAAUCAGUAAUCUUGAGGGGUUAGGCAUUAAAAAACCCCUUUUCUUUUUGGAAGAAUUCAUGCUGAGGUCCCAAAAUUGCCGGUUCUUUCUUUUGGUUACAUUCAUUAAAUUCUGUGAAUGCACCACACCUGUCAUUGUUUUGAUGCACAUCUAUGAUAUAUGUGGUUUGGACCUUUUUAAACCUCUGUGACUUUGGUAAAUAAGAAUGGAAUUCAUGUACCAGUGAGAAGAACUUGAGUCAUCUUACAUUUGAAAAGCCAAUUGCUACACCAUUCUGCCCUGUUAUUGCUCUUGAAUAGGAACUUUAUCUUGACCCCUGCCACAAAGUUCUCUUUAUUUUCUGGUAUCUCAUUUUCGAUAUUGGUGUAGUUUCUUCCUUUCCUUUUUUCUGAUUUCUUCGAUUCAAAUUAUUCAAUCAAGGCAGAAAUCUCAAUUCCUAAUCAAUAAAAGAUAGAAAAAAAAAUAAAAAUAAAAGUAAAAAUCAUUAGUUCCUUCCCUGAUCUUUUAUAAUCUGUUCAAUUUUAUUAGAAUCUUAGCCAUCAUAUUGGAUACUUUCCUUCCUCCAAUCUUACAUUUAGAUUCAUUGCUGGUGCACAGUUUUUUCAAGUUCUUGCCCAUUUUUAUGCCAUAUACCUCCAGAUCUUGCUAGAAAAAUUAAGUUCCCUCUCUUUGUGAGGCCUACAACUCACUGUUUCUUGGUAUGUUGCACAGUUAUUUUCUGAAAGGACCCGAAAAUCCACAAAUUUGGGACACUGCUGGCUCUUCUGAUUCAGUUUUAUCUUACUGUGACUCAUGCUAGAACAUCCAAUCCACUGCCUGCUUUGACAAACAAACGGGAUUCAUAAUCAAGCUGUCACGAAUAGUAAAAGCUCGUCUUCCUGUGGAAAAAGAAAAAGAACCAAAAAAAGAAAAGAAAAGAAAAGAAGAAAAGGAAACAAGAUCUCUGCAAACCUUUGAUUGGGAGACGAUCAUGGUUCAAACGCUAGAAGCCAUCAAGGGUGGUGGAGGUUCGGUUCACGUGGGGGCCACAGGAACAAUCGGCUCCUUGAUGACCAGGGAAAUGGAAUCCAUGAUGAAACAAAUGGCGCAAACAUCAACUUCCUCAAGAAGGAGACCUCCAACGGUCCCAGUCUCAGUGCCCUGUGGUGCAAUUUCCAAAAAAACACAACCAAGGAAAAAUUCUCUCAAUGAAGCCAGCAGCAGCGGCGGCGGCAGCAGCAGCAGCAGCAGCAAUGACAGAAAUACUGGAUGUACAGAAAAAGCAAAAUCCAACCUCCGAACAAAUGACCAUCACAUCCCAAUGCUCAGCUCUGGCAACAUCCCCGCAGAAAGAAAUCCUAACAGAGAGAAACCCGACAAGAAAGGAUCAUACAUUGUUGAAGUUGUAGAUAUAAAAUGCGGCAACCCUGAUAGAGCAUGGACAGCCCCCAUAACCACCCGGCUCAAGAAGCUAGGCUUCUCCAAGCUCUCCGAAACCGUUGCCUAACCUUGCACUUUUUUGGAAUCUGUUUUCAAGCUCCUGUAGCUGAACCCAUGCAUUCUCGCCGCCUUGUUAUCCGUCACUUCUACUGCUGAGCAGAUGCUUGGCAAGAACCCACCGCUUCUCUUCUUCUUCUUCUUUCUCUCAGUCACGACUGCAGACUCGGACUUGGUCGUAGAACCACUAAUGCCAUGAUCCACAUUGGAAGUCUGUGUCUGUUGUUUCUGCAGUGUCUCACGGCGGUCCAGCUCCAGUUGUCUGAAGUACUCUAUUUCCUGCAAGAGGAGAGAUCCGAUUGUGCCUCGGGUGCCUAUCUCAACCGGAGCUGUUGCUGCCAUUUCUAGCUACAAGAGAUCAUGUGGUUGCAAUUGAUUUGAUUCUGUGGGGACGGUGAAAGGGUGGUUUUCCUUGAGUUGUACUUCAUUUUGAAUUCUUUCAAGAGAAAGGUAAGAUUCCUUCACUUACACAUCAAUCAAGCAGUUGGAAGUUUUUUUCUGUA